AUGCGUCCGCAACGGGAAUAUCACAUUGUUGUUCUGGGUGCUGGAGGUGUGGGAAAGAGCUGUUUGACUGCUCAAUUCGUUCAAAAUGUUUGGAUCGAAAGCUAUGACCCCACCAUCGAGGAUUCCUACCGCAAACAAAUCGAAGUCGAUGGUCGACAAUGCAUAUUGGAAAUAGAACUCUACAUGAAACAAGGCCAAGGUUUCCUCCUCGUCUUCUCAAUCACAAGCGCCUCCUCCCUCAACGAACUCUCCGAACUCCGCGAACAAAUCAUCCGAAUCAAAGACGAUGAAAAAGUACCCCUAGUAAUCGUCGGCAAUAAAUCAGACCUGGAAGAAGACCGCGCCGUCCCUCGCGCCCGAGCAUUCGGCCUCUCCCAAAACUGGGGUAACGCCCCAUACUACGAGACCUCUGCCCGCCGCCGCGCAAACGUAAACGAAGUAUUCGUCGACCUCUGCCGCCAAAUCAUCCGCAAAGACCUUGAAGGUUCCGGCGGGAGCGACUCCUUUCGCAAGCGCGAAAAUUCCACACGAGAUCGAAAGAAGGAUAGAGAUAAUCGGUCUACGCGCCGUCGAACUCCUUGUGUGAUUCUCUGA